CAUGCAAGACAUUUUUAUUUUAUCUCCCUGUCCCAUUACCUUUUUAUCAGCAGGCAAUAGAAUUACCCCCCCUCCCUUCUCUUACAGAACAUAACCAACCAGACACAAAACCCUUGACAUAUUUACUUACAAGACACACAAUUUUGUUGUUUCAUUAAACAUGUCCGCACAAGGACGAGAACCGGGUCAUAACCCGUUCAAAUCCUUCAAACUAUCCAUUUUUUCGGACAAGCUCUCCGACAUCAUUGCGACGUCGUUUAAAGCCUUUCUGAUCAUUAUUUUCAUCCUCACCUCUGUUGUUCUUGUCUUCCACUCCUUUUUCGGGUCUCAAACACGUUGGUGGCCACGGUACCCGGACACUCUCCUCAACACAACCACAACCCGACCCGUUUGUGUCGACCCGAGCCGGACAGAAAACCCGACGAACCUCUCGCAUAUUGUGUUUGGCAUUGGUGGGUCCACCGAAACAUGGAGCCACCGGCAGAAAUACAGUCGGCUGUGGUGGCGCGUGAACUCCACGCGCGGGUUUGUUUGGCUGGAUGAGCAACCCGACCCGAAUUCAACAUGGCCCGAGAACUCACCACCCUAUAAAGUGUCCUCAGACUGGACCAAAUUUAGGUUUUCAUCAUCACAAUCUGCGGUUCGGAUAGCCCGGAUAGUGUCCGAGUCAUUUCGGGUCGGGUUACCUGAUGUGAGAUGGUUUGUGAUGGGAGAUGAUGACACUGUAUUUUUUGUAGAUAAUUUAGUUACGGUUUUACAAAAAUAUGAUCACGAGAAAAUGUAUUAUAUUGGCGGCAAUUCGGAGAGUGUGGAACAAAAUGUGUUGCAUUCUUAUGGCAUGGCAUUUGGUGGUGGUGGAUUUGCUAUUAGUUAUCCGUUAGCGGCGGAGUUGGCCAAGGCAAUGGAUGGCUGUCUCGACAGAUAUUAUAAUUUUUACGGUUCCGAUCAAAGAAUUUGGGCAUGUGUUAGUGAGUUUGGUGUGUCACUUACAAAUGAGCCCGGGUUCCAUCAGAUGGAUGUAAGAGGUAGUGCGUAUGGUCUCCUAGCAACACAUCCUGCGGCACCACUAGUAACACUACACCACCUUGAUCAUCUGGAACCGUUGUUUCCAAAUCAUACUCAGGAUGAAUCCUUAAAUACUCUAAUACAAGCUUACCAGCUUGACCCUGCCCGAACUUUGCAGCAAUCUGUUUGCUACUACAAGAACUGGGGAGGAAUAUGGUCAAUAUCCAUUUCAUGGGGUUACACUAUCCAGAUUUACAAUUCAUUCUUACUUCCUCCGGAUUUGCAGACACCGAUUCAGACAUUCAAAACAUGGCGGUCAUGGGCCAAUGGACCGUUUACAUUCAACACUCGACCCAUCAGCCCUGACCCUUGCGAGCAGCCAAUCAUUUAUUUUUUAGACUGGGCUCAUGAGGCUAGCAAAAGAGAAUCAUUAACAAGUUACAAAAAAUUUGGGGCUGAAUCACCAAAAGAGUGCAAGGGCAAAGUUGAUUAUCGCCGUACAGUGGAGAAGAUUCUUGUUUCUGCUCCGAAGAUGGAUUCCCAAGAAUUUGCAAAGGCACCACGCAGACAAUGCUGUGAAAUUGAAAACUUCCAGUACGGGAAGAUGAAGGUAAAUGUCAAAAGCUGUGGCUUGUGAGUAUAUAUAACCAUUCAAAAGGCUACGAGUUACCUAAUCAUGUAGAUAAAUUUAGUCGUAGAGAUGUAGAGCUGCACGAUCAGUGAGUUUCUCCCAUAUAUAGUCGUUAUUUUAUGUAGCUAUAUAGAAUGUAUCAUAAAUGACAGAGAUAAUUUUUAGAAGAUCCUUGUGUACACGGGGUUCACGAAACACAAUUUUGUUCUGUUGUAUCAUAUUGUAAACCUGGUUCCUUGGGAUUAUGGAUAUCAGGUACCAUUUACCAGAGCUUUUCUACCUUUCA